AUGUCUUUUGGAAACAGCUCAGACACUGACAGCCAGCCUUUCAGUAGUUCGGAAAUAUCUAUUCCACGUCCCAUUCGUUUUUGGUUGAUGCUUUUAUGCGAUAUUCCAUCAAUAAUUUGUAGUUUCUUCCUUAUAAUUUAUAUUAUAAUAGAUCGAACCCAUCGAUAUGCAUUACAUAAUCAUACAAUUCUUCUCCUAUUAAUCUUUGGCUUGCCAAUCCAAUUAAUAGAUAUUAACUUUUAUCUUAUAUUCUUUUCGUAUGGCUCUGUUCAACCAUCACAACCAUUAGUAUGUCUUCUUUGGUGGUUUGCUGAUUAUGGUUGUGAAAUCGGUGUGAUUAUUCUCAUGACUUGGUUAGCAAUCGAACGACAUAUUCUCAUAUUCCAUGAUCGAUUGAUUUCAAAUCGAAGAGGACGUUUCCUCUUUCAUUAUCUUCCUUUGAUUAUUCUAGUUACAUACAUCCUUCUUUUCUAUUUGAUUGUUAUUUUUGUUUUGCCUUGCGAAAAUAACUAUCUUUAUACAGUUCCCGUAUGUGGUCAAUCACCAUGUUAUGAAUCUUAUGGUAUUCUUGGUAUGUGGGAAUUUAUUGUACAUUUAUGUACACCGAUUCUCUCAGAAGGUAUUGCUAGCAUUGCUCUUAUUUUACGUGUUAAAAUACAAGGACAACGACUUCGUCAAUCUAAUCAAUGGCGUAAACAACGGCGAAUGAUUAUUCAACUACUUUUAGUUUCAACUUUAAAUAUUGGUAUAAAUAUUCCAAGCAGUAUAUUACUUAUUACACAUUUAUGUGGUUUACAGUCGGACUACGAAGUAGAAGCUCAACUUUAUUUCUUUUUUUUUCAGUACUUCGUUAUCCUUCUCUUUCCAUUUAUAUCUUUAAGUCAAUUUCCUGAUUUACGAAAAACAAUGAAAGAAAAAUUAUUAGGCGUAGUACGGAGACGACCACAUCAUAUAGCCCCUGUUACACAUACAAGAAGAGAUAUACCAAUGAAUAGAAUAACAUGA